AUGGGUUGUAUUUGCGCCACCGCUCGUUCUCCAAACGCCGCCGUUGCAAACAACGAGCUAUUAGACUCCAGCAAAUCCAUCCUUCAGCUAAUCCCUCAUCCACCGUCAUCAUCAUCGUCUUCAUCCAAAAAGGAAGGAUCUUUCACGCGUCCCACUCCUGCAACUUCCAUCACCGUCGUGGCUAAUGGUUAUCCAGUGGUUCGCCGUCCCUCCACGUCAUCUUCAUCUGAUCGAAACAGCACCAAACAAGUGGUUAUUGUGGGAGCUCCCAGCAGAAGAGUCACGGCAAUACCAGUGGUGCAGCCAACGCAGCAGCCACCGCGUUUGAUUAGCAAUAAAACAGAACGCACCACCGCAGAAUGGCCGUCUUGGUUAACUUCUGUCGCCGGAGAAGCCAUCAAAGGAUGGUUUCCUCGCUGUGCAGACUCAUAUGAGAAGUUAGACAAAAUUGGACAGGGGACAUACAGCAGCGUGUACAAAGCAAGAGACUUGGAAACAGGGAAGAUCGUGGCAAUGAAGAAGGUUCGGUUUGUGAAUAUGGAUCCAGAGAGUGUCCGGUUUAUGGCCAGAGAGAUUCUCAUUCUCCGCAAACUUGACCACCCUAAUGUCAUGAAGCUUGAAGGUCUAGUCACCUCUAGACUCUCAGGUAGUCUCUACCUUGUCUUUGAGUACAUGGAACACGAUCUUGCUGGUCUUGCCGCAACUCCUGGCAUCAAAUUCUCUGAAACUCAGAUAAAGUGCUAUAUGCAGCAACUGUUCCGUGGGCUUGAACACUGCCACAGAAGAGGAAUACUCCACCGUGACAUUAAAGGAUCAAAUCUCUUGAUUAACAACGAAGGUGUUCUCAAGAUUGGUGACUUCGGUUUGGCUAACUUCUACCGAGGUGAUAGAGAUCUUCAGCUGACUAGCCGCGUUGUAACCUUAUGGUACAGAGCGCCUGAGCUGUUGCUCGGUGCCACUGAGUAUGGACCAGCGAUAGACCUGUGGAGCGCCGGUUGCAUUCUCACUGAGCUCUUUGCCGGAAAACCUAUCAUGCCAGGACGCACCGAAGUGGAGCAAAUGCACAAGAUCUUUAAGCUAUGUGGUUCGCCUUCAGAAGACUACUGGAGAAGAGCAACACUGCCACUAGCAACAAGCUUUAAACCGAGUCAUCCUUACAAGCCUGUUCUUGCUGAGACCUUUAGUCAUUUCCCUGCAUCAGCUCUGUCUCUCAUCAAUAAGCUACUUGCCAUAGAGCCUGAGAAGCGUGGAUCAGCUGCUUCUGCCCUAAGAAGCGAAUUCUUCACAACGGAGCCAAUCCCAGCUAAUCCAUCAAACUUACCAAGAUACCCACCAAGCAAGGAGCUUGACGCUAAGCUACGCAACGAGGAAGCAAGAAAACUAAGAGCAGAAGAUAACAACAAGAGAAGAGGAGGAGAAACCGUGACAAGAGGACGGCCAAAAGAUCUCAAAACUGCACAGACGCCUGAGUUUAUGGCAGCAGGGCAGUCCAAAGUCACUUGCAUCAGCCAUAAGUUCAAAACAGACGAGGAAGGUGGGACCGGGUUUAGGAUCGAACCACCGAGAAGAGGGAUCCAGCAGAAUGGUCAUGCUUCUUCAAUGGUUCACCCAAGUGUUGCUGAUACGGAAUGGAACAGAGGUGGAAGCAUCAAGAGACAACAAACUAAUCAGCCUAGGAUAUCACAAACAGGAGACUUGCCUGGUGGUUCUUAUAGGAGAGACUCCAACAGAGACUACUCUACUGGAAAUGCACCAAGGAAGAACAGAAUCCAUUACUCAGGACCAUUGAUGCCACCUGGUGGGAAUCUUGAAGAUUUGCUAAAAGAGCACGAGAAGCAGAUACAACAAGCUGUACGCAAAGCCCGUGUCGAAAAGUCUGCUUCCAAGAAGAACCAAACAGGACAGCUGCAGCAGCGUUACACAGGAAGAAAUGCUCGGAUUAUACUGCUGGCGUCCUUUGAAGUUCUAAGAUCCGUGUGCAGAGUGUUGAGGAGCCACGACAUAAACUCCACUGGAUCAGACUGUUGGCCUAUCCUGAAUCGUUUCUUGCUGGCUUUCAUGACAGCUUGUAAGAACUCAUGUGGACUCACCUGUUCACACAAGGUAACUUCGAUUAGCAAGGUUCUACAUAGGUAA